AUGUUAUCUGUUGUUGGGGAGGCUGCUCUCACGGCUUUCUUUGAUGGAUUAUUUGGCAAGUUAUCCUCUUCUGAUAUCCUCAACUUUGUCACUGAAAAGCGGGUCCGCAAGGAGCUCAAAAAGUGGGAAAUCACGCUGCGGGAUAUCCGUGCCGUGCUUGAUGAUGCAGAGGCGAAGCAGAUGAAGAAUCAAUAUGUGAACAACUGGUUGGCCGAUCUUCAAGGCUUGGCUUACGAUGUUGAUGAUAUUUUGGACGAGUUUGCCACUAAAGCUUUGGGGCGCAAGCUGACAUCCUUGGAGGAACCUCAAGGCAUCAAAAAUAAGGUACAAAACAUCAUUCCUACUUUCAUGUUUGAUAAUAAGAAGAUGAUGUCCAAGAUUAAAAAAGUCGGUGCUAGAAUGAAUGAUUUGGCCACACAAAGAACUCAAUUGGAAUUGCGAGUCGUUAAUGAGGGAGCAAGGUCUGAUAGAAUGAAACAAAGGCUUCAGCCUACUUCUUUGGUGGAUGAAACUGAGGUGUACGGUAGGCAAGAAGAAAAGAAAGAAUUGCUUAAACUGCUUUCGAGCAAUGAUAGUAGUCACAAUAAAGCUUCUGUGAUUCCCAUCAUUGGCAUGGGAGGAAUUGGCAAGACAACUCUUGCACAACUUCUUUACAAUGAUACUAGUAUAGAAAAUUCUUUCGAGUACAAGGCGUGGUUAGUAAAGUGA